UGAUAUUGUAAUAAGAACAAAUUAUGGUAUAUAAAGGAUAGCAGCUUUGUAGUUAGUACAGAGUUCCAGCAUUGUGAUAUAGCCAUUGUAGUCCUACUGUCAUUCUAAGUAUAGAAAAUGUGGUCUACUGGUAUUGUUCUUUUGUGUUCCUGUGCAUUAGUAUUAGUAAAUGCGGCUUGGAAACCAAACUACCAGAGGAAACAUGGAUAUAAUGGUAAUGUAGGUUACAACGGAUACAAUGGUGGUAAUGGCUACAACGGUGGUGCAGGAUACGUUGGCGGUGCAGGAUACAACGGCGGCGGAUACAAUGGUGGUGCAGGGUAUAAUGGCGGCGGAUACAAUGGCGGUGCUGGAUACAAUGGUGCUGGAUACACUGGCGGAGCCGGGUACACAGGUGGUGUAGGAUACAAUGGUGCUGGAUACACUGGCGGUGCCGGAGGUGCAGGAUAUACAGGUGCAGCAGGAUACAAUGGCGGUGCUGGAUACACUGGCGGAGCAGGAUACACUGGUGGUGCAGGAUACACUGGUGCAGGAGGAUACACAGGUGGUGCAGGAUACACAGGUGGUGCAGGAUACACUGGUGGUGCAGGAUACACAGGUGGAGCUGGUGGAUACACAGGGGGUGCAGGAUAUACUGGCGGUGCCGGAUACAAUGGCGCUGCAGGAUAUACUGGCGGUGCAGGAUAUACUGGUGGUGCAGGAUAUACUGGCGGUGCAGGAUAUACCGGUGGCAAUGGUGACAAUGUGGAAGAAACAGACCCUACCCUUGCUGAAAUCGAAGACGAAGUUGUAGAAACAGGGUAUAAUGGAAACGGAGAAACUGGAUAUAACGGAAAUGAAGGAACUGGAUAUAACGGAAACGAAGGAACUGGAUAUAACGGAAACAGACGAACUGGAUAUUACAAAAAAGUAAAUACAUAUGGAAAAAAACAAUACGCCAAACCCAAAAAAGUAUACGCUCCAUCUAGAAAAGGUGGUUACUAAGGAACCUGUCAACAAAAUUCAAUCUGAUUGUAAACGGCUAAUUUCUUUAUUGUAAUGAAACUAUCUGUUUAUGCUUAUUAAAAUUUGCAUAGAUAUA